UUAAAGGUUUGACAUCAUGUGUUAGUUAUAGUUUAUUUUGAUACUCUACAUCACUUCACUUCAUCACACUCUAUGGUUCAGGUGCGGAUAGAAAAGAAAAAUUUCAUGGUGUUGUGGGUGACACAUAUACGUAGAAAAAAAUUAGUUUAAGUUCAUCACAUUGGCACCAACUGCAGGGAAAUGGAAUCAAUGGAAUAUGAGCUCGCUAGGAACCUUACUCUGUUGUUCUUUGUGGAACGCCUGCUCGAAGGCGAGCCGCGCACGUUGCACGAUCUUUCCUGCCAGUUUGGUGCCAAAGGAUUCACCAAGGAGAUGCGACAGAUCGCUGGCGGGUCGCAGUCGGGCUUAAAGAAGUUCCUGGCUCAGUACCCGGCGUUGUUCAGCAUAGACGGGGACUAUGUUGAUAUCAACACGUUCCAGAAGCAUCCCAGCGGGGCGGGCGCCUCGUCCAACAAUGACUACAUCGAGGAGGCGAAGGAGUACUUUGCCGGCAAGAUGGUCCAGUACGGCGAGGGGACCGAGGUGCCCAUCAAGAGCCUGCUCGGGCACCGCAGCCAGGUCCCGCAGGUGCGUCACAUCUCCGGCCAGCGCAUCAAGGAGUUCAAGGACUUCCUGCUCAAGCAUCCAGACACCUUCCAGAUCAUCGAUGACAACGUCGUUCUAGUCAGUGAGAAUCAUAGGAGAGGUAACGCACACACUAACUCUGAACAAUUCCACAAUCUACCUGUAGCUAAUAUUAACACAGACACUGCCCAACAGUUGUUAGAUUAUGUUGCACAGUGCAUAGAAGCUAAGGGGCCUGUCAUGGUUGACCAACUCUUCCACUUGAUUGUGUCCAGAUUUCCCCAAGAAUACUGGUACCAAAUGUUUAAGUCACCAGCUGACCUGAGUGCCUUCUUAAAGAUAUUUUCAGACUCAUUCCAUGUUCAAUCGAAUUUGGUAACCCUUAUAAGCAAACCAAAGAUACCUGUCAUGUAUCUGAAUGCGAAAGCUAAAGCCAAGACUGAUAUACCAAAACCUGUGGUUGAGGAGAAACCUGUGUCCCCAAUCCCACCCACAGUAGAAAGUCCUACUCCAUCAGAUGGUAAGAAGAGCCCCGCAAACAGAAUACUCAGUCCCAUUGAAUCUCCUCGUGGUCCACAGGGCAAUAUUGCCAACCAGACUCUAAAGCAAAGAAUCAAUUCCAUAGUAAUUAAGAAUUUGGCAGAGAAUAUGGUCAGAGAUAGAGUAAAUAAUCAUUUGAAUGCUCGGAGUGCAGAGGAGACCAAUGGGACUCCAAGCUUAAGGAACAAUGUGAUGGGUGAAGCUUGGCGACAAAAGGUGCUCCAGUGCACAACUGUCAUAGCUAAUGUAAGAGAAUGUGCCACAUUGAUUGAAAGCAUUAUGGCACCCAAACGCAACACAAAAAGUAUUGUGUCAUUUGACUGCGAAGGAAUAAAUCUUGGCCUCAAAGGUGUGUUGACACUGUGUCAAAUUGCCACCAUGAAUGGUGAAGUGUACAUACUAGAUAUUAUGGCAUGUCCCAACAUGGUCAUAGAAGGAAAAAUAAAGGACUUACUUGAGAGUGAAAACGUUGUGAAGAUCAUACAUGACUGUAGGAAUGAUUCAGUCAAUUUACACAAUCAAUUUGAGAGUUUGAAGAAUGUGUUCGACACUCAGGCUGCCCACGCUGUCUUACAAUUGCAGCAACAAGGUGUGCCUGUUUACAAAGUCAAGAAUCUUAGUCUUAAUGCUUUGUGUGAACUGUAUAAUGCUCCCAUGAACCCUAUGAAAGAGCAAUUGAAAAAUGUGUACCGCAGGGACCAACGUUACUGGGCUAGGAGACCUCUGACAAAAGAUAUGAUUAUUUAUUCAGCAUCAGAUGUCCUGUCCUUAGUUAAUCCUGCAAUAUAUGCAUACAUGUCUAGCAAUAUUCGGCCAGACAAUCAACAGUUGUUUGAAGAACUUAGCAAUGAACAAGUAUUCAUGCACAUUCAACCAACAGAAGUCAAACUGCGCAAGAGGCAGAGAAAAAUUAACACUGAAGUUGGUGAGUUGAAGCAGAAGCUAGCUGAAACCACAAAGAAUAUUGUACUGAGUAACAGGGAAAUCAGACUUCUCAGAUACAUUGAACUCACAGAAGAGGAAAAAGAAAUGAAAGGUUGUCAUAAAAUAUCUAAGAAGUUGGAGAAACUCGAAGCUAUUGGGCAUGACAAGGAUUCUGAUUCAGAUGAUGACGAGAGAGAAAAUGAAAUGGCAAGCUUAGAGUCCAACCCCUCUGAUCCUAUAAUGUCACCACACUCCACACAGCCACCAAGCCUCACAGAAUCCAUGCAAAUGAUGGAUGAAAUAUUGUCAGACACAAACAUGGAUAAGGGAAAGAUAAAUCGUCUCGAAGCAAUACUGUCCGCCGUCGCGCCCCUCAGUGGCGAGCUAGAAGAUAAAUUCUCACAAACAAUGGAACAAACACUGCCAUUGCUCAAAAACAAGGACUGGUCCAAUCUAAGCCAAAUUUUGAACUUAGGAGGGGAACCGGAUAGAAAAAGCUGUAGCUGCAGAUGCCAUAAUACUACCUAUGAUGAUGUUAAGUGCAAUGAUCUCAAUGAAACCAAGAAGGCUGAGGUUGGCUCUCAGACCCUCAGCACCGGGACAUCGAUCACGCGGAUACACUUCAGGGAGGAAGACAAGCUCAACGAGAGGAUCCUGAAUGCGUCGCCCCUAAGCAAACGGGUAGGAAUUAACAACAUGUCUUGAUAUCACUCAGUAGCUGCACUUCCAUGUUCUGAGUGCCACAGUUUAGUUUCGAAACUGUUCAUAUAUGUGAUCGUUUUAUAUACUUUUUUUAGUUAUGAUGUAUU